AUGUCAGACCUCCGUAACUGGGUAUCCGACAACAUCAUCAAAUUCUCCGGCGCUGCAGACCCCACAAUCGUCGACUUCAUCAUCGCCUCCGCCACCACCGCAAAGUCGCCCACAGCCCUCAACGACACGCUCACGCCCUUCCUCGACGGCGCCAGCGCCACCGACACCCGCCGCUUCACCUCCGACCUCUUCCAGCGCGUCGCCCGCAAGCCCUCCUCCUCCUCCUCCUCCUCCUCCUCCUCCGCCAGCAAACGCCCGCCGCAAGAGAAGAAAAAAAAGUAUGCGCUGCUGGCCAUGGAGGACGACGACGCCGACGCGGCGAUGAUGCCGCCGCCGCUGCCGACAACGUCAACGUCAACAAGGGAAAAGAGCAGCAAGGAGAAGCGCCGGGAGAGCAGGAAGGAGGAGCGUCGUGAGCGGGAGUCGUCGAGCCGUGAUAAGGACCGGGAGCGGGACAGGGACAGAGAAAGAGGCCACCGGGACGACAAAGACAAGGACAAGGACCGCCGCACAAAGCGCAUCCGCCGCAAAGACACCGCCGACGCCGACGACCGCUGGGGCGACGAGGAGCUCUCCGACGCCGACUACCCCCCCGACGACGACGACGCCGCCCACACGCCCACCGACCAACCCCCCAGCAAGCGUGCCCGCGUCGACAACGAAGACGACGCCGAGGCGCUCGACGACGAGGAGCUCGCCGAGCUCAACCGCCUCCGCGACAUCCAGGAGCGCGACGAGUUCGCCAAGCGCCUCAAAGACAAAGACGACCAAAAGACAAAGAAGCUCGUCGAAGACCGCUCCUCCACCAAAGACGGCAAGCUGCUCGCGCAGCGGCGCGCCCUCGCCGACGACGCCACGGCCCGCAGCGCCGCCCUCCCCGACCUGCGAGAGCGCUCGCGCCAGGAGUAUCUCAAGAAGCGGGAGCUGGAGCGGCUGGCGCUGCUGCGCAAGGAGGUGGCCGAGGAGCAGCAGGAGCUGCGCACGAACCCCGAUCUGACGCGGCGCGAGAAGGAGGAGUUUGCAAAGAACAAGGAGAUCCUGCGGCUUGCGGAGGAGCGGCUGCGCGUGGAUGAUCAUCUGGAUGGGUACAUGCUGCCCGAGGACUACAUCACGGAGAAGGGCAAGAUCGACGUCAAGAAGAAGGAGAAGGCGCUGUAUGAGCGGUACGUGGAGCGCGGCGAGGACGGGCAGGAGCGCUUCGUGACGGAGCAGGAGGAGUGGGAGCAGCACCAGGCGGAGAAGGCGCGCGCCCAGGUGCGCCGCAGCGAGCGCGUGGAUGAGGGAGAGUAUGAGUAUGUGUUUGACGACUCGCAGCAGCUGCGGUUCGUGCUGGAGAACACGGACGUCGACAGCAACUCAAUCUUCACGAGCAAGGAGCAGCAGCAGAUGGAGCAGCAGCUCAAGGCGGCCGAGAACAAGGCCAAGAGCAUCGACGAGACACGGAAAUCACUGCCCAUCUACGAGUGGCGCCAGCGCUUCCUCGACGCCGUCGAGCAGUACCAGGUGCUCAUCAUCGUCGGCGAGACAGGCUCCGGAAAGACCACCCAGCUGCCCCAAUACCUCCACGAGGCCGGCUACACAAAGGGCGGGCUCAAGGUGGGCUGCACGCAGCCCCGCCGAGUCGCCGCCAUGUCCGUGGCGGCGCGUGUGGCCGAGGAGAUGGGCGUCAAGGUCGGCAACGAGGUCGGAUACUCGAUCCGGUUCGAGGACUCGACGUCCGACAAGACGGUGCUCAAGUACAUGACGGACGGUAUGCUCCUCCGCGAGUUUCUCACCGAGCCCGACCUGGGCGGAUACUCUGCGCUGAUGAUUGACGAGGCGCACGAGCGCACGCUGUCCACCGACAUCCUGUUCGGGCUCGUCAAGGACAUUGCACGCUUCCGGCCCGAGCUCAAGCUGCUCAUCUCGUCGGCCACGAUGGACGCGCAAAAGUUCUCAAAGUACUUUGACGACGCGCCCAUCUUCAACAUCCCCGGGCGGCGGUACCCGGUCGACGUGCACUACACGCAGCAGCCCGAGGCAAACUACCUCAACGCGGCCAUCACCACAAUCUUCCAGAUCCACACCACCACGCCGCCGCAGGGCGACAUCCUCGUCUUCCUCACGGGCCAGGACGAGAUUGACGCCGCCGAGCAGAACCUCCAGGAGACGUGCAGGAAGCUCGGGAACAAGAUCCGCGAGAUGAUCAUCUGCCCGAUAUACGCCAACCUGCCCUCGGAGCUGCAGGCAAAGAUCUUUGAGCCCACCCCCGCCGGCGCGCGGAAGGUCGUCCUCGCAACAAACAUCGCAGAGACAUCGCUCACCAUCGACGGCAUCGUCUACGUCAUCGACCCGGGCUUCGUCAAGGAGAACGUCUACAACCCGCGCACGGGAAUGGAGUCCCUCGUCGUCACGCCCUGCUCCCGCGCCGCCGCAAAGCAGCGAAUGGGCCGUGCGGGCCGUGUCGGCCCCGGAAAGUGCUUCCGGCUGUACACAAAGUGGGCCUACCAGAACGAGCUGGACGAAAACACGACGCCCGAGAUCCAGCGCACGAACCUCAACAGCGUGGUCCUCCUCCUCAAGUCGCUGGGCAUCAACGACCUGAUCGAGUUUGACUUUAUGGACCCGCCGCCGGCCGAGACGCUGAUCCGCGCGCUGGAGAACCUGUACGCGCUCGGCGCGCUCAACGACAAGGGCGAGCUGACCAAGGUCGGGCGGCAGAUGGCCGAGUUCCCCACGGACCCCAUGCUCGCAAAGUCCAUCCUCGCGGCCGCGACCUACGGCUGCGUCGACGAGGUGCUCUCCGUCAUCGCCAUGCUCGGCGAGUCCUCGUCGCUCUUUUACCGCCCAAAGGAUAAGAAGUUCCAUGCGGACCAGGCGCGCGCGCGCUUCACGAGCAAGGACGGCGGCGACCAUGUCACGCUGCUCAACAUCUGGAACCAGUGGGUCGAUACCAACUUCUCGUACGUGUGGGCGCGGGAGAACUUUCUGCAGUUCCGGUCGCUGGGCCGGGCGCGGGAUGCGAUUACGGCGGGGUUCUUUCCCAACGCGGCGAGGCUGCAGAGGGGGGGCGAUACGUAUCGGACGGUGAAGAAUGGGCAGACGGUGCAUGUGCAUCCGAGUAGUUGUCUGUUUGAGGUCAACCCGAAGUGGCUGGUUUAUUAUGAGUUGGUGUUGACGAGUAAGGAGUUUAUGCGCAACGUGAUGCCGCUGCAGCCCGAAUGGCUCGUUGAGGUUGCGCCGCACUAUCAUAAGAAGAAGGACCUGGAGACGCUGGGCACAAACAAGAAGAUGCCCAAGGGGCAGGGCGCGCCGGCCGAGAAAUAG